AAAAAAAUUGGUAUUAAAUCUGUAUCAUCUGCGUGUAUUUCUAUAAAAAAUGGCCACCCUGAAUAUUCCGUUCUUUACAACUAUAUCCGACAGGUUCCGCGUCGUACUGGCAUCUGGGUCUCCGCGCCGUAGGGAACUGCUCGACCGGCUGAACCUGCGCUACGAGGUCAUUCCGUCCGACUUUGCCGAGGACCUUGACAAGGCUCAAUUUGCUUCUGCUGGCGACUACGUGUUGGAGAAUGCCAUCACUAAGGCACAGGAUGGCCAGUCGGACAAGCCCCUUCUGAUCAUUGGGGCGGACACUGUCGUAGUCAACUCUGCGGGCACAAUUCUGGAGAAGCCCGCGUCUGAGCAGGAUGCCAUUUGCACGCUGAAGGGCCUGAGCGGGAAAUCCAACACUGUCUUUACCGGCGUGUGCUUGAUUGUUGGCUCAUUGGAUGGAACAAAGGACCCGGUUGUAGAACGGGCGGUCGAAGCUACCCAGGUAGUGUUUGGCGACCUGGAUGACUCGAUUAUCGAGGCGUACGUAGCCACUGGAGAGCCUAUGGACAAGGCCGGGUCGUAUGCGUACCAGUCCCUUGCUUGCUUCUUCGUCAAGGAGAUCAAGGGUGACUACUACAAUGUCGUUGGCUUCCCGUGCGCGCGCUUUUACCAGAUGCUGCUGGACCUGCACCAUCAGGGUCACUUUUAGAGACCUUUUGUAAUAGAAAUUAAAUCAAAAAAUAAUAAUACGAAAUACGAAAUACGGAAUUAUUAUUAGGGAGCUCUAGACUAUUUUCUUGAUUGUCAUU